AUGACCACCACCGCGCCCCGCAAUGACAGAUGGAACUUUUUCGUACUGGUUCAAAAAUUGAAUCCGUAUUUCGGCGCCUUCGUUGCGUCCCUCGGCGGCUUCGCGCUCGGCAUUUCCCUAGCUUGGAAUUCCAAGGCGAGUAAAAUGUUCCGGGACCAUCUCGACGCCACAGGGACUGAGAUCGGACUCAUCGGAGGUAUUCUGAAUGCCGGUAUCUGCGUAGGAGCGAUCCUAGUGCCUUUUAUAGCUGAGCGAUUCUCCCGAGCGAGAAUCUUGUUCUGGACGAUGCCACCCUUAGUUAUCACAUGGAUGUACAUAAUGGGCAAUCGCAGCGAACAGGUAGUGAUACUCAUGACUGGAAGGUUCAUCUGUGGUAUAUGCGGAGGUAUCUACUCCGUUUUGACACCGAUUUAUGUGGCCGAAAUCACCCGUAAAGAAGUUCGCGGCCGUCACCUCGCGUAUUUCCAGGUUCUAAUCAACUGCGGCAUCAUGUACGCGUUCAGCGUUGCUCAUGCGAUAGAAGAGACAGUAUGGUGGUACAGCAAGGUUUGUGGGUUUGCGUGUUUUCUAUUGGUGCCACAAGUGAUGUUACCCAAUAGCCCGUUCCAUUAUUUGUUCCGGAACGAUGAGACUAAUGCAGUAGUAUCUCUAGAAUGGUUCCGCGAUACUAAUGACGUCCAGCACGAGCUCAACGAGUUGAAGCAGUUGGUCCACACGACUCGCUCGAGAAAGAUCAACAUGAAGCUGUUGAAGAAUCGUCGUGUUCUACGGUCGAUCGUGACUUGUAUCGGCGUGAUGCUCGGUCAAAACUUGUGCGGUGCGAAUAUGAUGAUCUUUCACGCUUUGACUCUCUUCGACAUCACCGGUUCCGGUGAACUGACCGGGAGUGAACAGACGAUGGUCAUCGGCGCCGUACAAAUAUUAGUAUCCUUCUUAGCCGCGUCUCUCGUCGACGUACUCGGGCGCCGGAUCCUCCUCACGGUCUCGUGUCUGCUCAUGGGAGUGUUCUUAAUACUCUUAGGCUGGUUCUUCAGCGUGCGCGACGCCGAUCCCGAGUACGACGAUAUCUACUUUUGGAUGUCACCAACCUGGAUCACCCUGAUGUUCGCUUCUUAUAAUUUGGGCCUCGGUCCCAUCUCUUGGUCCAUCUUGGGCGAUACCCUGCCGGAGGAAUUGAAGAAUCUGGUUGCCUCGGCCGCGGUUGCCCUCGGAUGGCUCGUUUCAUUAUUAGCAUCAUUGUCAUUCGAGGAAAUGGUAGUCAUGCUCGGAGCCACAAAAGUCAUGUGGGGCUCAGCAGCUAUUUGUUGGCUGAUAGCCUUGUUUUGUGCCAUCGUAGUCAAAGACAACACAGGCAAAAGCCUAUUGGAGAUCCAGAAGGAGUUCCGCAUUGAAGCUGAUACGGUUGUAGAAACCUGAUUACUCUGUUAGCCGAAUUCGAACUACAAUUAGACAUUCCUACAAUGGAAUCUCGUUUUUCCAGCCUUUAAUCAGACAGCCAGUCUUCGUUUAUUAAAUUCCCUCAGGGAAAUAGAGUGGUAAAUCCUAUUCUCCGUUUUUUCAUAGUUUAAAACGCGUGAGAAAGGAUUCCUGAUUAGUUUGCUAACUUUAUUUGGUAGAUCACCGUGUGCACAACGAUUGUUGAUAGUCAACAAACUGCGAGGAAGCAACUCUGUUUGAGUUGGCCUCAUCCGUCUGCUUUUUCAACCUUCGCUCCGUCUUGAUUGCCAGCUACCUAAUUUAAUGCAAUGAUUGUUCUUUAGCGAAAAUCGCUGAGAUAGAUUCUUUGACUAAUUUAAGAAUGAUCUCAAAAUUAUUAUCGAAAACCGACUAAAAUAUGAAAUAAAUAUAAACUAUUUUAUUUUGUUCCAUAACGUAUAACGAUUAUUUUCGAAACGAAUUAUCAACUAUGUGUUACUAUAUCAAGAAUGAGAAAUGUAUACGAUCCAUAAAUUCAAAGAAUGUCUAUGAUUUAUAUAUGUAUUUACGUUGUGGUGUCCAAAUUAAAUGGCGUGUCAGCCUUCUGGUCGCGAUAUUCUCGAUCCCUGGUCACGAGCCUGUCUCCGAUUGCACGUCAAGGUCUGUAGAUGGGUUAACGAGAACACUUCAUCGAACUCCGUAUUGAAAUGACGCGAGUUCGUUGGCUAUUGUCCAAAAAGACGCCAACCAGAUUUUGUACUUGCCUUUAACUGUGUACAUGCGUGCUUUUGAUUGAUAUAUCGCGAACAGAUGCAACGAAUCUUUUGACAAAAAUAACACGAGGAGAAACAAGUCAAUUAAAUUGGGUGUCUUAUGAUAUUUCCUUGUGCAGCAACUUAGUGAUAGCGCUAGAACUGUCGUUGGAUGAGAAUUACGAAGGCUGCAGAUGAUUCACUGCUAUUUCUCAUAAAAUGUCUGUAAAUAGUUGAAUGUAUAAAGUGACUUACAAGUUUGUUAAUAUUGGUUCAUGUUUACUAAAUGUAUUCGUAUUAAAAAUACAUUUUAUACGUACAUUAAAAAACUGUUGAAAAAUUCGCUACCUUUCCUAAGAUUUCAUUUUACCUGCUUAAUGACCAAAUUUUAUAGGUGUUGACACUGUGCCACGGUACCAAGGCGUUUUAACCCAUUAAAUUACGAAAGUUUCCUCAUAACAUUAAUGCCCAGAGAGCGAUCAUUGCGUCCACCUGAGAAUUAGUAGUCGCUUACUACGAGGGACAUACAACCUACCGCAGUAUCAAAUUUUCACUGGCCUUGUUAUCUACAUUCGUUAUGCUUUCCGUAGAAAUAUAAACGACAAUUAAUAUUUGUUGGGCGUAAAGAUAUUUUUUCUCUUCACUCAGAAAUUAAAUUCAAUGGUUGAUUAAGUAUCUGUUUCCUACCAGUAAUAGUAGAUACGUUCUAAGCAUUGUGAGAAACUCGGAGUAACAAUGAAAUCGACUAACUAUUAUUUCCAGGCAAAUUAACUCUUUUGCAUAGACCACCAUCUUGAAACGUGGGAGGAGAGAAAAAGGAAGGUAUUACCGCGUUGCGAACUUUGUGCGCGGUGGCUGUCGAUAAUGCUCUAUUCUGGAAUCUUUCGCUUCAUUUUUCCACCUCGCAUGCUGCGCACAAUCCAUUUUUAUGUGAAUCGUGAAAGGAAACAAAGGAUUCUACGAAUUCUAUGAAUUCCCGAGAAAAAUCUUUUGUUAACUACAAUACUUCGCAGUCGACAAUAUUUAAUAAAGGAAAUAACCAACGUUCUCGAGUUCAACACGAUGGUCGAGUAACAAAUUUUUUUCCCAUUUCGUUUUUCAUUUCAAUUUCGUGUUCCCCUUUUUGAAAUAGGACCGAAAUUGUUCUGUUCCAUUUUUUUCUCCCGUUCAAUAAAACGAAUUUUCAUCGAACUCAAGUGAAUAAUUAACGUGAAAUAAAUUUAAUUGCGCUUAAUUAGGGCGGACUUAACAUCGAUUAAACAUCGUUAUUUGAUAUCAAUCUUCGGGCAAGUAAACACGCAGCGAUUGAGGGUCGUAAUUACUCGCAAGAAUUUAUCCAUUUCCGUUAGAUGCCCGGCUCGAUACGAUGGUUGAUAAACCUUCGCUAUACCCUAUGAUGCACUUCAAUAAAGAGUAAAUGGAUCAAUUAAAAUUUAAUUGUAAAUAAGAAUAGCAAAUAAAUAGAAUAAUAAAUAUAUGCAACCGAAGAA